AUUGCAUUGUUCUCAAUGGCGUGUGGUGACGACUUGGUAUUCAAACGGACUGCCGAGACUGACGAAAAAGUCCGUUUUGAAUCGGCAGGCUUAGUAAGCAAUGACGUCGGGACCCAAAAACGCGGCUCGCUUUGUAUAGACACCUGUGAAAAUGGAGUCGUUAAAUCAAAGUAUUGUACAGGUUAUGCAAAGUUUUGUUUCGGUAACGGACAGCUUGUUCCUGUCAAAUUCAACAGUCCAUUUAAAGUACCGCCGAAGGUAACGAUUGGUCUUACCCUGGUCGACACGCACAAAGAUUACAAUGUUCGCGUUAAUGUCGUAGUAGAAAGCGUAACAACUGAUGGAUUCAACAUAAGAUUCAAGCCAUGGGAUCUUUCUAUCACCUAUCGACUUAACGUCAACUGGAUGGCCUGUCCUUGAGCAUGAACUGCACCGCCGACGUUAGUUAAUCCACAAAAGAACUUAGUU